CGUAUUCCUUGACUCAUAUAAAAUGCAUUGUUCAUGGUGCAUCGCUGAAUCUGCGAGUGUUACCUCCAAUUAACUCGAGAUCUGCACACAGAAAAACUGCAUACGUAGAUGCGCGUAAAGGUCAUGAGUGUGUGAAGCAUGAUUCACAGAAAUUAUUUAAUUCUCAAUUUUGCGGAAGUCGUAAUUGCAUUGUUUGAUUUAAUAAAGCAAAAGCGUGCAUGUUGUUUCGAUCCUCCUAAUCACACAAAAUUGAUGAUCACUUAUUUAUGGAGAUGGAUAAGUAGUAACCUUUAUAGAAUUGAUUUAUGUAAUCUUGACCAAAAUAAUAAUUGUAGUAAAAAGUAAUAAUACACAGGAUGUAUUUCUGAUUAUAAGGAAAUUUAAGUGUACAGGUAACACAUUACAAACUUAGGUGAUAAAUAGCACUUACAUAAUUACCAGCUCUUCCAGUAGCUAUAAUUUACUUCACAGAGCCACAUGAUUUUUUUAAGUGUGACUACAUAUUUGUAUUUUUUUAAAACGGAUUGGUUUUUAACACCUCAAAAAAAUGAACCUGUUCUCCAUCAUCUUCCUUUGUUCUGUUAGCAUUGUUGGUUUUGGAGAAGUGUUUGCUCAACAACAACCCGAUCCCAUUUCCCCGCUGAUAACAUUUCUCCAACAAUUGCAAGGACUUCGACAACUUUACAGCGGCGAUGGGGCCAGAAAUUCCGGAGGACUGUUUGGAUUCGCUCAACAGUUGGAGUCUGGAAAUCCAGUCUUGACAUCGAAUUCGAUCGACGGAUCGUCCGAUGUUCCUCCCACGAACGUGAACACCAACAGGGUUCGACCACGAUUAAUUGAUUUCCUUCAAUCGUCACGAGCCGCUAAUUUUUUGGAGCGUCUGUUCCGCAACAAUAAUCGAAACGAUCGACUGACAAACACAUUUGCGGAAAAUUUGCUGGGACUCAUUUUUAACAGGAGGACGAAUAAUGUCAAUGCUAACACUGCUAGUGCUGCAAACUGAGUCUUUUGGGAGGUUUUUGAAACGUAUUUUAAUAAUUUUUACAAAUCUCGUUAUAAUGCAGAAGUACUAUUAUAUUUUUAUGAAACGGUUGUUUGAGCUAUGCAAUUAAUUUUAUAAUAAUAAAAGAAUACAAACUUAUUGUUUA